UUGAAUCGGAGGACACAUGCUCACAGACAAAGACAGUCAUGGAGAACGAGGUUGAUUCUAGGUAAUCCUGCUGUUAUAGAAACCAGUUUUCUGUUGGACUUCACCUCAGGUUCUAGAAAAAUCCAGAGUCCGUGCUCAUCAAAUAAAAAGAGAAGCAAUGAGGCAAAAGAUUUCUGCAGUAAUUUGCAGCAGCAUAUUGCUUGCUUUUGGUUUCAUAGCUCUUCGUGUAAGUUCUAGAUAUUCUUCUAAUGUUUCCUUUCUGCAAAACCUACCAGAGUUAAGUCCAGGAACACUGAGACCCACGGUUUCUUUGGAUGACACACUCAACUAUGAGGCCAGACAAGAUGUUCCGACCCGCACUUCAUGGAAUGCUCCCAUAAUCUGGGAAUUAAUGUUUGACCCUGAUUUUUAUGACAAGAAACACAAAGAGGCAAAAACAACUGUGGCUCUAACUGUGUUUGCAGUAGGAAGUGGAUCAGGAAUUUAAAGAGCGCUUCGGCUCUGAAGCUCUUGGGGAGUCUGUGGCUGUGCUGCACAUCUACUACUACAAACUUCCAAAAGAGCAGUACACUUACGAUCGAAACCCCAAAUCCAAAGCCUACAUGGAAAAAGGAGAUUACUAUUACCAUGCGGCCGUCUUUGGAGGUUCGUGUGAUAAGGUUAAAGCUUUGGCAGAUUAUUGCUAUCUGAACAUAAUGGAGGACAAAUUGAACAGCGUUGAAGCUUUGUGGCACGAUGAAAGUCAUCUGAACAAGUAUUUCUGGCUCAACAAACCCAGCAAAAUACUUUCUUCUGAGUAUUGCUUCGACCCACUGAUUCAUUACAAGACAGAAGUCCACGUUACUCGUUUAGUAUGGCUGCCUAAACAAUAUUCAAAACUUCGGACUUAGGGCAUAUAUUUAAGGAAGGUUGAGGACAAGAUCAAAUGAUGUACGUUGAAUUUCUGGGCAAGAUGACAAAAAAGAUGCAUGAAUACUUACAUUAGGAUAAACAUAGUAGGAGAUGGGUCACAUGUUUAAAAAAUGUGUAAAUAAUCAGAAUAGGUUAGUAGUUUGCGACCUUACUCUCUUUUACCCUUGAUAGUGGAGUUCUAGUUAAAAGGUUUAAAAUUUUAACAGUAUUUUUUUUGCAGGUGCAUCAAAUAUGUGAAAUCUAAUUCAACGCAUUUACCAACAGUUGAAGCAUACAGUACGAAUCACUCCACCUGGCUCUUGACUUUAUUUCCCAUAAUCCUCCAACAAUCUAUCAAGUGAUGUUGCUUUUUAGUUUACCAAAGUCGUACUAAAACAUUUGACAGAUUUGGGAGCAUCGUGUAUCACAAAAGAUCAAUGAAAGAUUGUUAAGUACAGCCAGAUUUCAUACAAAUUCAAGGUUUUAAAUGUGCCUUAUGGUCCAUAAAAAUAUGGUACUGGUGUCUUUUAUUUUGAAAGGAGCUCAAAUGAACCACUGCUGAAAUUUAUAGACUAUUUCAUACUUGGAAAAGAAUUGGAAACUUUUUUCUUCAUGUUUAUGUUUUAUUUAUUACAAAAAUAAAAAAAAUAAAUACAAAUCUGAAUGGCACUUUAAAGUGUUGAAGGUUGCAGAUACAUGAACUAGGUGAUGCUAGUUGAUUUUCAGGGAAAAGUUCUAUUUGUUUUCUGCGAUCAAUGACUUUUUUUAGCAUUUUUUCUUUCAAAUAUGCCUUAUUUCUGUUUAUUAUAUUUCUGGUUUAAUAUUGUAAUGUUUAAUAGAGCUUUAUGUUUAAGAUUUCAGUCCUUUACUCUGUUUCAUCACUGUGAAAUUGAAAUGACUUUUAGGACUUAAGUGCUCAGUUUAAAUGUAUACAUACAUAUAUAGAAGAUACUGUUUUUGCGAUGCUGAACAAUAGCAUUUUUUUUUGGAAGUUUGCUCUUAAACAAAGACAAAAGUCUUUUAUAUGGAGGAUUAGCUAGCUUACAAGUGUAUUGGUAAAGCUAAUACGCAAGAGACAAAACUAAUGUUAGCUAGCAACCACAAACCAGUUGUUUUGGCCAAUUGAAUUAGCCUGUUUAGUGUUGGUUUAAGUUUUGCAAAUGGGAAAUGAUGUGUCUACCCUCGAAGGGUGAAGGGAAAGCUGAAUAACAGUGAAUACCCCUUUGA